GGAUGCAAUGAAGAAGCAUUCGGUGAACUUUGUGUGUCUGGGGAACAUCUGCCGCUCGCCCAUGGCAGAGCCGUGUUCAGGAGCCUUCUAGAGAAGAGAGGAUGUUCUCACGAGUGGAGAGUAGACAGCUCUGCAGUUGCUUCGUACAAUAUCGGCGACCAGCCUGACCCUAGAACACUCGCCACGCUGCAGAAACACGAGCUGAGCAGCCGGCACACUGCCAGGAGGAUCACUGUAGACGAUUUCCACCAGUUCCAGUACAUUCUCUGCUUCGACGAGCAGAACAUGCGAGACCUGAGCAGGAUGAAGCCUGCCGGCUGCCAGGCAACAGUCAGACUCCUAGGCAGCUAUGUUGAGGAGGGAAAGGUGGUCCAAGAUCCUUACUAUCUGGAGGACGAGGCAUUCGAGACCACCUACCAGCUCUGCCGUACCAUGUCCACUGCCUUCCUGGACUCUGUAUACCAAUGA